CACCGAUCAACAGAAAGAGCCGAAGAUGUCAGCUCAGUUAUUGUGCCCUGAUGAUCAGUGUAGCCCCAGCAGUGUCACCUGUCAGUGUCCAUCAAUGCCAGCUGUCAGUGCCCAUCAAUGCCACCUGCCAGUGCCCAUCAGUGCCACAUCAAUGCCACAUAUCAGUGCCCAUCUGAGCUGCCUUCCAGUGUCACCUAUCAAUGCCAGUUAGUGCCACCUAUCAGUGCUACCAAUCAGUGCCACCUGUCAGUGCGCAUCAGUGCCACUCAGUGCCACUAUCAGUGCCAUUUAUGAGUGCUGCCUUUCAGUGCCCAUCAGUGA